GUCUUGUCUUCUGCAGGUUGACAUCGAGUUAUCUUUUUUAUCUGAACUAAGCAGGACAAUAUGGGCUUAACGUCCAGUUUACUGGAUGAAAACAGAUCCAACUACUUAAAAGAGCAAGUGGAUACAAGAUUUAAUGAGUUUGCAGUGAUUUAUAGAAAACAAUAUAUUCUGGCCUACCUGUCCCAGGUUCAAGAUGAACUCGAGCAACACAAACAGCAACACACACAGCUCCUCCAACAAAAGAAUCCUCUAGAACCAGGAACAAUUUUAUAUGAAGAGAAUGUGCAGUUCUUUGAGGAUGGCAAAAAGUUUAAGCACAGAUUCGUCGUGGUGCGAGCCAAUUAUAUCCUGGAGUGCCACAAAAGUUACAAGGCAUUCAGUAAAGGUGACCCUCCGCUGCACAGACUCAUGCCUACAGGGGGCACCGUUUUCACUUCAGAAGAGAAAUACCUGGAAAUGCUGGAUCAGUGUUACCCUUACACUAGCAAUGUAAAGGAAGAUUUAGUUCCCUCUGUUGCGAGCAUGCCAGGGAACUUUCCAGUUUAUCUCAGACUUCCAUACCGUCAGGAUCCCUAUUUCUGUCUCUACAAUGAGGAACAGCAGACAGAAUUCGUCUCCAUCUUAUCCGAUUGUAUUCGCCACCAGAACAAAGACUUUCUUAAGAAGGAUACGUGUGAGGUUAAAGCUUUCCUGAAAGCUCUUCAGUUCUACAGGCAGGAGAAAGGCCAGUAUGAAUUAUGGGACAUGCUCACCGGCAGUGAUGUGCGGGUACUCUCUAAUCUAAUCAUGGAGGACCUAAUGCCCUAUCUGGACUCAGAAUUGGAGCCAUUUCUGAAGACCAAGAAGGCAGACAGGAGAAAAAUCUGGCUUGCGACAAUAGAAGCGGCUUAUUUUCUGGUGAGUGAACAUCUACUGGAGAGGCUGAAUGCGUUGAAGGAGGAAUGCAAAGAGACUGCGAAACAGCAAGAGCCUGUAAUGCGCUCCAAUAUGGACCAGAUCACCAGCUCUAGAGCUUUUCUGGAAGAUAAACUUAAAGCUAUGGUUGCUGAGCCAGCGACAACGUACUGCACAGAGCAUGUGAGUCCUUACCUGCCAGCCGUUUUGGAGGAAGUGAUGGUACCCAUAAGCCUGGGUUUCACAGAGGCCCGGGAGCUGAGUGAGGGCAUGAUGGAACAGCUUUGUGAGGACUUCCAGGACUCCGAUCAUAAAGAGGAACUCCAUCAGGCUCUGUUUAAAAUGAGUACAGCUAAUUUACAGAGCUGUUUUGACAAAGUGAGCGGACUGGCAGAUCACGUCCAAGAACUGCAGCAAACCUUCAACUACUCCAUUAAAGGUCUGCAGGACAGCACGGAGUUAGACAUUAAACAGUUGAUGGAGAAUGUAGAGUACACCUAUGAACUGCUCCUGAAAAAGGCUCUGGAGGAUCCAUCCAUCAACUUUGGGAUGGCCAUACAGAAAGCUUCAAGCAGGGUUCUGAAGCAAUAUGACUAUGAUAGCAGCACAGUGCGAAAGAAGAUCUUUCAAGAUGCUUUGAUCGACAUUACUCUACCCAGCAUCAAGAAACAUUUGGCCCCAUCCUUCAAAGAGGAACUACCAAAUUUUGAGCAACACAUAUUUGCAGAUUGCUCAAACUUCAUCAAUGUGGAAAACGUGUAUGAGGACAUUCUGCAAAAGAUACUAGAAAAGGAAGUCCGCUUGGUCGUCAAUGAGGCAGCCAGCAAAAAGAAGUACAACCUGUACACAGAGAGCAGAUACAAUUUCAGUGUCUCCAGCACUUAUUCAACUCCACCCGACAGCCCAGGCUACUCAAAGACAUCCCCAAAUUCUCGCACAGCCCUGCCAUCCCCGUUGCUGAGCAAUGGCCGGACAGAGAGCAAUUCCUUUAACAACGAACCGGAGCCAGACAUGAGGAAGGUCGUUCAGUCAUCCCCAAAGUCCGAAAUGACUGAAAAGUCUACUAAAAAGUCAGAGACUCAGCAUAGUACCACACCAACCCAAGAUCUGCCUGCUGCUGUACCCAUCACUGUUAAAGCUAAUGCGGAAGAGAAUAUGCUGCUCCGGGAGGAGAGCGUUGAUGAGGUGUUUAAUGGUGAAACGGUAAACGAGAAAACAACCAAACAGACAGAAACAUCUAUGAACGCUUCGGCUGAGACCAGACCUGAACUCGUAACUACCCCAAACCCUGCUGCGAUGGUAACCGAAGCCCUACAGCGUGCGCUUUCUUCUAAAUCAUCAGAAGGAGUUAAGGCAUCUUCUUCAGACUUUGCUAAUGCACCAACAGCUGAAAUCAGCCCGGUUUCUUGUUCUGAGGUUAAGCCUGAACUCACAGCACCCCCUGCUGGAGAGGAAGACAACAACGGACCAGCUGCAAAGGUAGAGGGGUGGAUAAAUGAUCAUUGCGCGAACAAAAAAAGCAAAUAUCCGAUUGCGGUGUGUUUACCUAUUGAAAAUGCAGAGGCAGGGAUUAACAUAGCAGAUGAUGCAGAUGACAUCAUCAAAAAACCAUCAGGAAUCCAAAAUAUUAUAGAUCCAAAGAACGACUGUGAGUCUCAGGCAUCAUCAUCAUCCCCAGUGGAAGAAGACAGACCACUGGACUGUGUGAAGGCCAUCCGGGACCUUGUAGUGGAGGUCUUUGAAGUAGAGGAGGUUAUUCAACCUCCUAAAGACAAUGAGGAAAACGUCGAAGUUGAGACGUUUGAGGCUGUAGUUUAAGUUUACACCGUUCAAAACAACUUAAAGCGCAUUCAAACUGUAUUUUAUUUAUUAUCAGUAUGUGUGUUCCCUGGAAAUCAAAUUUAUGAACUUUGUGACGCUAAGUGCUAUGCAAAGUGAGCGACAGGACCUUUUCCAUUAUGUCAGUUCUGGAUUUAAAACAUCUGACCCUAGUACCCCAUCAUUUUUGUCUAAGGAGCUACAUUUGAAAUCAUGUGCAGAAAUGGCUAAAAGAGUUACUGUACAGUUUAAAGGAAAACACCACCGUUUUUCAAUAUUUUACUAUGUUCUUACCUCAACUUAGACGAGUUAAUACAUACUUAUCUUUUUCAAUGAGUGGACUUAAUCUUUGUACAGCACGUCGUGAAUGUGUUAGCAUUUAGCCUAGCCCCAUUCAUUCCUAUGGCUCCAAACAGGGAUGAAUUUAGAAGCCACCAAACACUUCCAUGUUUUCCCUAUUUAAAGACUGUUACAUUAGUAGUUACACGAGUAAGUAUGGUGGCACAAAAUAAAACUUUUGUUUUGAUCCCAAGGAAUGAAUGGGGCUAAGCUAAAUGCUAACACAUUCAAGCGCUGUACAAAGAUUAAAAGUGCACCCAUUGAAUAGAGAUAGGUGUGGAUUAAUUCACCGAAGUUGAGGUUUUCCUGUAAAGACAAAUAUCGUGUUGUAAAAAAGUAAAGUGAUUCUCUAACGAGGACUGUUUUAAUGAAAGGAAUGUAAUAUAUUCAUAUCAGCUGUUAUUUUAAAUAUAUAUUGCAAGCAUUUGAAUAAUAUGUAAAAUCUAUAUUUGUUAAAUAUAAAAAAGAUUGUGUUUUCAAACGUG